GAAUAUGGAUUAUAAAUAUGAAAAUUAUACAUUUUGAAAGGCCUUUGUGAUGGGGAAUAAAGGUGUACGUUGAAUGUUUGAUUAAAUGUUUCAAUAAUAGAUGUCGCGAUUAAAAAUGAAAUGCAUUAAUUCUUUAGAAAACAGAUAUUAAAAAUACAAUUAUUUAUAAGAAAGUGUCAACAAAAGGCCAAGUAUAUUGGACAUGAUUUUAUGCUCUUUUUAACAGAAACGGUUCGAACGUUGCUAAUUCACGAGCACACAAAUACUACUUAUAAUAAAACACGUUAUAAUACAUAACGGACGUACUAAUAUUGAGAACGAUAUAAGAAUCAAGCGUUCUUGUACGGUGUGUUACGCUACUCGAGGAGAUUUGUAACACAACAAAACCUGAAAAUGUCAAAGGCGAAAGGAAACUCAGGAACGACCAAGAAUUCAAAAACAAAGAAGCAAAAAUCAGAGAUAGAACAGAUAUUUGAAAAGAUCGACCUGAACAAUGACGGCCGGAUAUCCGUCAUCGAGCUCACGAAGGCCGCCCGCCUCCUUGGUAUGAACCCGACACAGGAUGAGGCUGCGCAGAUGAUCGCCGAUUGCAACCCCUCACAGGAGGGGUAUGUGAACAAGUCAGAGUUCAAAAAGUUGUUUUCGGACCAGAAGGCGGACAUCGACGCACAAGUGGAAGAGAUGAAAACCGCCUUCAAGGUCUUUGAUAAGGAUAACAGUGGUACAAUCAGCCGUGACGAAAUCCGGGAAGUUUUAAACAUGGCCGGGGAGAAAAUAGACGACAGCGAAAUCGACGAAAUGCUGCGAAAGGUCGAUAUUGAUGGGGACGGCAAUAUCUCCAUUGAUGAAUUCGCUGCUGUGAUGUGUGACUUAUGAAAAGGAGAAAAGAAUACCGAGUUUUAACUGUGCAGACUGAUUAAAACAAAUAAAAUUGAACAUUUUUGUAACUUUUACGAAAUUCUACAAGGCCCAUCGCGAUCCUACCUCCCCCCCCCCCCCAACCUUAAUAGUUGCCCAAGAAAUUCGUUUGAAAUUCGAUAAAAAUGAUGGGACAUUUCACAUUUUUUCGGUGCAUCUUUUGAAAUAUGUUUUUAAAUAAAAGGGAUAUUGAUGCGUGUUUUUCCACUUCCUAUGUAGAGCUUUUCUUGAAUAUUGUUCUGUACAAAUUUAAAAAAGAUGCGACUUUUAACAAACAAAAUGGUACCGCUUUUUUUCUUGGACGUUAUCAAAACGCGGGGUGGUAUUGCUAUAUUAAUUAAUAAAAUGCUAUUUGAAAUUAUUAAAAGAAUAAAAGGGAGUUACACUAAAGGAAAUAAUAAACAGUUAGGCCAAAAAAAUACCUGUGUUUCCGGUAACAUGGCGAAAAAAAUAGGGUCGGUAGGUCGGGAUUUUUUUUUUACACUUUCCAUAUCAUGCAAAUUUCUGUUGCAUCAGAUCAAUUAUGUUUUAUCUUCGCGUUUCCUAAUUUACCAAAAGUCUGAUAAAACAGCAUUGUUUAAUGUCUGAAAUCAUUUCCUUAACUUCGACUACCGUAUUUCCCCGCCAAUGUUUCCCAUGAAAUCUGGUGCUUUUUUGUUUACAAUACUCGUUUAUAAGUCGUGAUCGGUUUUUAGGAAAAAUCCAGCACUUCAAUUUCAACAAAUCUUUGAUAAUGUUUUAGCCAAACAGUCAAUUAUCAACUAAAUUUUUAAUUUGCUUGAGGAAAAUCGCCGAUUUCCUUGUCAACUGUGAGCUCCUUAAACUAGGCCUUCAAGUGGAGGUAGGUUAAUAAAACAACAAGUAAACGUGGUUAUGGAUUUAUCUUAUUUUCGUUCAUUACUGCAAUCAAAGAUUCAUUCAUAUUUAUAGUGAGUUUCAUUGUUUUAAGAUUCCCAGACGACGAUUAUUGAUUGUUAUUUUUUUGAUCGUAUGGUAUUUUUGUACCAGCCUAGGCGAAAUCCUGGCAAUCAAAUGGGAUCAUAGUGAUACGGUAUCCGACUGACCGAAUUAGAUACAAACCAUAGCCACGCGCUUUUGAUCUUAUCACCGCUCGUGUUUGUGACGUCACAAAUUGAUACCGCUCGUGCUCUGACGUCACAAAUUGUACCGUUUGAUCUGCAGCCGACACAUUCCAAUAAAUGUGUUUCACAGGUUAUUGUUUGGAUUUCAGUUGAUGGGACUUAAAUAAGGCGAAAUAAAUAACCAUUGAUAAUUGCGGAUAAAUUAAUAUAACGAUUAAUGAAAUGUGUAUUGGAACCUGGCAGUUAGUCUGCAUGAAUUCGCAAAGCCUAAUCGUAAGAAGCUUGCAUGAUAUACGCAAAGCCUUAUCGUAAAAAAGUAAGUUUUAAUUUGGACAUGGAUAUGGAUAAAUAACACCGCGAACAAAUAUUUCCAUUAAAAAGACAGCAAAAUAUGUCUCUGGUGAUCAACCACCUGUUUUGACCGUAAACAUACGUUUGCCAAUUUUAAGAUUUCGGACAGGGUUCGCCGCCAUCUGCCAUUUUGUUUUUCCGUCUCGGUAAUCCAUAAUCAGGAAUGAAAGUACAUUCUCCGGGGACAUUGAAAGAUAAACAACGAAAAUAAUAACGAUAUAUUUAAAGAAAUAUAUUUUUUUUACGAAAUAAUUUAAAAAUAUAUAAUAUUUUUUACUUUUAUGUCUAAAAAAAGAUUAGGGUCGGCGAGGAAAAAAUAGGUUCGGUCGGGUUACCGGAAACACAGGUAUUUUUGUUUUUGGCCUUAUAUAUUCUUGAAAGGGAAUACAUUUUAUUAUAAAAGACACAUGGAUUUGACGUUGAAAAAAACGUUUAUAUCUUUUAUAGCUGCACUCUCACAGAUUUACCAUUUUACAACUUUUUAUUUUUUGUCUUAGAAAGAGAAAAUGUUUGCGAAAAUAUCUGCUUACCAAUGUUAUAAGAUUGUUGACAACAGAUCAGAGUGCAUACUUUCAUAUUUCUGUUCGAAAAUUAAUGUUUUAUGGCUUAAACUGAACGGUUUAAGAAAAAUGCAUAACAUAUCAAUUUUUAAUUAUAAAAACCUGCGAUCUUAUUUUUUGCCGACAGUCUAAUAUAACUGGUUUCCAUGGAUUUUCGCAAAAAUUGGCUCGUUCCAAGACAAAAAAUAAAAAAGUUGUCAAAACGUUCAAUCGGUGAGAGUGCAGCUUUAACUGCAUCUUAUAUAUGAAUUGUG